AUGGCAUUUGGAACGACAACUUGGCGAGGAAUCUUCAGCAGACCAACACUUCCGAUCGCUUCUCGGAAGCGUUCCCAUUCAUCGAUCAAAUCACUGGAUAAAUUUUCAUCCCACUCAAUUUCUGCCUUCCACAAUCGUUGCAUCAGGAGUUUGCCAACAAGAAUCACAGGAGCGGCUAGCCCCAGCGGGUCGAACAUUCGGGCGAUAAGGGACAACACUUGUCGCUUAGUGGGAACGGAUAUAUCGGAAGUAGGCGAGGAAACAAACAGCAAAUCAUCAUUCACUGGAUCCCACAUCAAUCCAAGGGUAUGUUCACUAACAGUUCCGGACAAUUUGAGGCCCACUUGUGAAGCUGCAUGCCUCCGGAAAUCAACAUUUUCUCCAACUGUAUGCGAGCCUCGGCUGCCUCGGCGAUGUAAUCGAAUCCAAAUAGUGCAUUAUCCACGUAAAAACUCCUUUGGACGAUCUCAGCAGCUAGUGGAUAAUUUUCCUUCUCAUCGAUUGCAAGCUGCUGGAGGGCUCGAGUCGCCAGAAACGGGGCCGAAGCUGUGCCAUAUGUCACAGUGGUUAAUUCCAGCACACGAAGAGGUUGAGACGGAUCAUUUCUCCAAAAAAUCCGCUGAAGGGAUGAGUGACAUUCAUUCACUCGGAUUUGCCGAUACAUUUUGGCAAUAUCGGCGCUUAACACAUAACGAGGCUCACGGAAACGAAGAACAAUCGAUUGGAGGUCCUCCUGAGGAAUGGCACCGAUUUUCAAGACGUCGUUCAAUGACAAACCGUUCACCUUGGCCGAAGCAUCAAAAACCACACGGCACUUAG